AUGUACCGCUCGUUAUCUGCCAGUACUAGCAUAGCAGCUCUGCUCACGUUGCCCACUGCCCUCGCCCAGAGCUUAACAAUUGCACUCGGCACCAAUGCCCCCUCUGGCUCCUCCGACUACAUCGACCCGUCGUUUGCGGGCUUUGGCAUUGAGCCCUCCAACCUGUUCUCCUUCAUGGGCGGCGACACUGUCAACGCCUUCUCCAUCCAGCUGCUGCAGAACCUGGCCGACUACUCGGGCGCGCCGCCGCACAUCCGGUUAGGAGGCAACACCCAGGACUACAUGGUGUGGAACGCGAGCAAGCAGGAGCACCGAUGGACUGCGAACAAGAACUCCAAGGCCCAGGGCGCCAUCGCCGCCGACUCCAUGAUCAUCGGCCCGGGCUAUGUCAACGCGCUCGACCGCCUGCCCAAGGAUACGCCCGUCACCUUUGGCCUGAACAUGGCCUACAUGGACGACGACUGGGCGGACCACAUUGUCGCCAUUGCGCAGGGAGCUGUCGACAAUCUCAAGAACACAAAGCUGUACUCGUUUGAAGUCGGCAACGAGCCCGAUCUGUGGCUGCAAAACGCCUUCAGGAGUGCUGGCUGGUCCGGCAAGGUCUACACGCAGCAGUGGCUCGACCGCUGCGAAGUCAUCUGCGAACGCGUUCUCAAGCCCGCUAACCUGCCCUGCGCCUUCUUCGAGCCCCCAGCGACCGCCUCGACCAUCGGCACGACGUUUGAGAUCUCGCAGCUCGUUGACGAUGGCAUCAUGGAGGGUCGCAAUGGCGACAACUACAUGACCACAUGGAACCAGCACGACUACUUCUACUUCAUCGGAGUGACCCCCACCCCCAUUACCCAAGACGACCUGAUGGACAUGGACCAGACUGACACGCAGUUCACCUACUGGGCCAAGCAGGUCCAAGUUGCCCUCAAGACCGGCCUGCCCUAUGUCCUGCGAGAGAUGAGCUCCGUCGGCCCCAUUGGAAUGGCUGGCGUCAGUGACACAUUUGGUGCUUCCCUAUGGACCCUUAACUUCUUCCUCUAUGCGGCCUCCCUUGGUAUCUCAUCCGUGCAGAUGCACAUGACCGACAACUCCAACGCCUCCGCAUGGCAGCCCAUUCCCAUGUACGGCCACGACACCUCGUUCGUACGUCCGCAGUACUACGCACAUGCCGCUGUCGCCCAGCUCAUCGGCAACGGCAACGGCACCACGCAGGUGUCUGCCCUCAAGACCAACCCCGAGUCGGCCUACAAGGGACGCAUCCGGAUGUACGCAACCUACGCCAACGACAAGCUCCAGGCCGUCGUCAUGAUCAACUCCAAGGAGGCCAACAGCUCCAUGACCCCGGGAUCCUUCACUUUCAACUUGAACCUCGGUUCUGCCAACGCAAACAAGGACGUUUAUCUCUCCUAUCUCACUGCACCCGGCGCUGAGUCGCAGACCGAAGUGACCUGGAACGGCAUGAGCUACGACGACAUUACCGGAAACUCAACCCUUGUCGACGCCAGCGAGAACAGGUUCACCCUCGACGGAUCAGGCAAGAUGUCUGUGCAAGUGCGCGACUCGCAGGCCGUUGUCGCGAACCUGGGCUCGAAGCUCGGUGUCAACCUCGUCCUCAAGCCUGAUCCAACUCAGAGCAAGAAGAGCAGUGCGGCCACUUCUAUCCUCGCCGGAUCGCACAACUUCAUCUACUCCACGGCUGUCACCGUCAUCCUAGCGCUGGGGAUGGUGAUGAUCUAA